UGUCCGCUUCUGAUACCAAGGAGGGAUUAGUGAGAAACACCCCGGGACGACAUCGACUACACAGUUUGUCGGCCACCGGGUUUCACAGUUUAUCCCAAACAGAGGAUAGCCUUACUAUUCAGCACACUUUGAGGUUUUAGGGAUGAACUGAGGAUGAAUGUAAACCAGCACACUCCAAUGGCCUCUUCAUACGGCCAGCCUCAGCCAGGCUAUGGCCAGCCAGGGGGCUACGCACCUCUGGACGGGGGAUACCCCGCUCCUUACGCACCCUAUAAUGGCCCUGCUUCAGCUUACCAGCCCGGGCCUCCACCACAAGGUUACUCUCCUUUCACAAGCUUUCCCUCUAAGGCUGUGGCUGCCAACCCAGUCUCUGACCUCUCCUCUCCUCUUGACUUAGGUCCUGUCAGGGGUCCUCCGGUCUCUGGAGCACCUCCAGUGUCAGCACCUCAAGCGUAUAAUCAGUACAGUCACAGUCAGGGAGACAUGCAGAAUGGGCCCCCACCUAUGACACAAGCACCAACCAGGCCUGCUGUGUCUCAGCCAUACAACCAGGCAGGGAUGAACAUGACAGGGCCACCCCACCCCUCCUACCCUCAACACUACGGUCCCCCACCCACAAUGCAUCAGGUCACUAACCAGAUGAGUGGGAUGCAGGUCAACUCUGGGCCACCAACCCCUGCUGGACCGGGAUACGCCCCGCCUCACAGCUCUCAGCCUCCUGCAAGCACCGCCUACUCUGCUGCACCUCCACCUUCCUUCUCCCAGGCACCUCCCCCUACAUCCUCAGCCCCCACUCAGCCUCCUCCUCCCAGCGGCCCUGCAGCUCCUCAGCAAUACUAUGGAGGCCCUCCACCUCCUUCUCAGCAGCCAUUUAACUCCUCUCUUCCCCCUACCUCUCAGCCGCAGUUCACCUCCUCUGCUCCAGCACCUCCUCCCUCUCAGCAAACCUUCCCCCCCUCGUCCUACUCAGGUCCUGUGCCUCCAACCAGCCAAGCCUCUGCUCCACCUGUCUCUCAGCCGCAGCAGCCCUUCCCUCCCCCAGCCCAGCCCCCCUUCUCCUCAGCGCCUCCUCCCGUCAGCCAGCCUUCCUUCACCCCUGGACCACCUCCCCCUAAUCAAGGCUCCUUCCCACCCAGAGGACCACCUCCAACCUCUCAACCAGGGUCUUUCCCUCCUCCUGGUCCUCCUCCAACUUCACUUUCCUCUGGCCCCUACCCAGGCCAGAUGCCACCCCAACAGCAGCCCCCUCCAUCCCAGCCAUCCCCUUACCACUCAGGUCCACCUCCUCCUCCCGGUGCUCAGAUGCCUCCAACCUCCAUGGCUCAGAGCAACCACCUGCCUCCAGGACCACCUGGCCCCCCUGGGCCCCUGCAGCAGGCUCCACCUCAGCCAGGCAUGCCAGGAGGAUUUCCUCCUCAGCAGAACGGUGCGUUUGGGCAGGUGAGAGGUCCUCAGCCUGGCUAUGCAGGUCCGUAUCCUGGGCAACCAAACUAUGGAGCCCCUGCACCAGCACCAGCUCCUGCUCCGCCUGCACAGAAAAGACUCGACCCAGAUGCCAUUCCUAGCCCGCAAGCGUCUGACAUGCCGGCUGUGCAGAAAUCAAGACAUAGAAUAGAUCCAGAUGCUAUCCCCAGCCCAAUCCAGGUCAUAGAGGACGACAAGGCUAAGUGUACUGAGCCGUUCACCACAGGGGUAAGAGGUCAGGCCCCACCGCUGGUCACCACCAACUUCCAGGUCAAAGACCAAGGGAACGCCAGUCCAAGGUUUAUCCGCUGUACGGCCUACAACAUGCCUUGCACAGCCGACAUGGCCAAGCAGUCUCAGGUGCCACUGGCUGCUGUCAUCAAGCCACUCGCCACGCUGCCACCAGAUGAGAGCCCUCCGUACCUGGUGGACCAUGGUGAGGGCGGUCCAAUCCGCUGCAACAGGUGCAAGGCCUACAUGUGCCCCUACAUGCAGUUCAUCGAGGGAGGCCGUCGCUUCCAGUGUGGCUUCUGCAGCUGCGUCACAGAGGUGCCUCCACAUUACUUCCAGCAUCUGGACCACACUGGGAAACGAGUGGACUGCUACGACAGGCCAGAGCUUUCGCUGGGCAGCUAUGAGUUCCUGGCAACUGUGGACUACUGUAAGAAUAAUAAGCUCCCUCAGCCUCCAGCCUUCAUCUUUCUUAUCGAUGUUUCCUACAACGCUGUGAAGAGCGGCAUGGUCAACAUCGUCUGCCAGGAACUCAAGACUCUGCUAGACUAUCUGCCAAGGGAAAACCCAGAGAUGGACUCUGUGGUGCGAGUCGGUUUCGUCACCUACAAUAAGGUUUUGCAUUUCUACAACGUGAAGGGGAGCUUGGCCCAGCCUCAGAUGUUGGUGGUGUCAGACGUGUCAGACAUGUUCGUACCCCUGCUGGACGGCUUCCUAGUCAACGUGAAUGAGAGCCGGCUAGUUAUCGAGAGUUUGUUGGACCAGAUCCCAGAGAUGUUUGCAGACACCAGGGAGACAGAGACGGUGUUUGGACCUGUCAUCCAGGCGGGGCUGGAAGCACUCAAGGCUGCGGACUGUGCAGGGAAGCUGUUUGUGUUUCACACGUCUCUGCCCAUCGCAGAAGCUCCAGGAAAACUAAAGAACAGAGAAGACAAGAAGCUGAUUGGGACGGAUAAAGAGAAGUCUCUGUUUCAGCCCCAGGUGAGUUUCUAUAACUCUCUGGCUAAGGAGUGUGUCGCUCAGGGCUGCUGCGUGGAUCUCUUCCUCUUCCCUAACCAGUAUGUGGACGUUGCUACGUUAGGGGUGGUCCCUGUCUCAACUGGAGGAUCAGUCUACAAAUACACAUACUUCCAGGCUCAAGCAGACAGGGAGCGAUUCCUUAACGAUCUCAGACGAGACGUUCAGAAACUCGUAGGCUUCGAUGCUGUUAUGAGGGUGCGGACAAGCACAGGCAUCCGGGCGACAGACUUCUUUGGCUCCUUCUUCAUGAGUAACACCACAGACGUGGAGCUGGCCGGGCUAGACUGUGACAAAGCCAUUACUGUCGAGUUCAAGCACGAUGACAAGCUCAGCGAGGAGACAGGGGCUCUCAUGCAGUGUGCUGUGCUUUACACCAGCUGCAGCGGUCAAAGGCGUCUCCGAGUUCACAACAUGGCAGUCAACUGCUGCUCUCAGCUGGCUGACCUCUACCGAAACUGUGAGACCGACACAAUCAUCAACUUCUUCUCUAAAUAUGCUUUCCGUGGCAUCCUAAACAACCCCACUAAAGCAGUGAGAGACACGUUGAUCAACCAGUGUGCUCAGAUUCUGGCCUGCUACAGAAAGAACUGUGCAAGCCCCUCGUCAGCUGGUCAGCUGAUCCUCCCAGAGUGCAUGAAGCUGCUGCCCGUCUAUCUGAACUGCGUGCUGAAGAGCGACGUGCUACUGCCAGGAGCUGACGUCUCACUGGACGACAGAGCGUACCUGAGACAGCUCAUCAGCUGCAUGGAUGUCGCAGAGAGUCACGUCUUCUUCUACCCUCGCCUGCUGCCAAUAAUGAAGUUGGAAAGCGGUUCAUUGCCGGUGGCGGUGAGAGACUCUGAAGAGAGGCUGUCUAAAGGUGGUGUUUAUCUCCUGGAGACGGGGCUCCACCUCUUCCUGUGGGUGGGAGCGAGUGCUCAGCAGGAGCUGCUGCUCAACAUCUUCGGCACGCCGAGCUUCGGCCAGAUUGACCCGAGCAUGUCGAGCCUACCGGUGCUGGAUAACCCGUUCUCUCAGAGACUCCGAGAGAUCAUCGACUCCUUUAGAGCUCAGAGAUCACGAUACAUGAAGCUGGUGGUGGUGAAACAGGAAGACAGAACCGAGCUGAUUUUCAGGCACUUCCUGGUAGAAGACAAGAGCGCCAGCGGUGGAGCGUCAUACGUGGACUUCCUGUGUCACAUGCACAAGGAGAUCCGCCAGCUUCUCAGCUAGGCUGGCGUAGUCCCACCUUCACCUUUAUAACCCCCCCACCAGAUUCACCUUCCUUGUGAGAGAAAGCGCUUUAUCUUUUUUUUUUUUUUUUUUUUUUUUUUAACCUGGUAUACUAAAGCUCUCCUCGGAUCCCAUCGUGCGUGUGUUCGUUUGCGUGAACGUGUGCGUGAGAGAUAGAGAGUCUGACGAUAAUAGAGCUUUACUCUGCCUCAAAUCUCCCGCUCCAACACAGCAGGAGCGAAAUAACUGACAAGGGAGAGUAAUGUAUAUACACAAGUGAACAAUAAUGUAUGCAACAGACUGAGCGAGUGACGGAGACGGCUGGUGUUGACUGUAGUUGGUGUACUGUCUGUAUUAUGAGCACUGAAAGGCUGAUCUUGGCGUGUAAUCUUCCGUCAGAUAGCUAACACUUUUUAUAUGAUUGAUUCCCAAAAGAGUGAAGGACACCGACAUACUGAGAAAUACAUGGAAUUACAUGCUGUUUUUUCUGUCUCUAUUUCUCCUUUUAAUCAUGGCCUUAGUCCCCCUUCCUCCCCAUGCUGCUCCAAUCAUCCAUAAGAUGUGUGUAUGUGUGUGUGUUUACAGAGGUGAGAUGGUUAGCCGCUCAGUCUUUACUUCCAAGUGUGUCCAGGUGUCCGCAUCGAAAUUUAAGGCCAUGUUUACACAACUAUGCACUGAAAACUGACUCACUUUUUAUCCGUUUAAAAAAAGUUCAUCAUUUAGAUGACUUUUUUUUUGUUAAUAGUCACGUGCACAAACAGCUGAAAACAUUGUGGUUUACAUGCCAGGCCAGUAGGAAGCGACAUGACUUAGUAAGAAGCUGCUGUGAGCAUAUAUAUAUAAACAUACAAAAAAUGGACAAUGAAAUUGGGUUGCUACUCUAAGUAUGCCGCAACAGAGUCAUCUUGAAGGUGAUUUGCCGUUGUUGUUAUAGUCCACCGCUUUACACGCCGGUAUUGCUAGAAUGAAUCAUAUGUGCUAAAAGUCUCCACUCUCAGAGGGAACUCCAUAUUUCCUGUUUACAUGACUAGGAAAACAGUGGCCUUUCAACAGUUUGCACUGUAGAAACCCAUCCCUUAAAACCUUACGGUUUUAGGCACACCAAAUGCUGUUUUCAGAUGAAAUCGUUGUAUAAACAUGGCCAUGUAGGGACAUUUCUGUAUUUUUGAAGCUGGGUUGUAUAAAGAACUGGUUCAACACUGGUCCAAUGUCAAGACCAAGCAAUAUCUCCUCAACAAAAUUUUGCAAUCAUAAACAAAUAUUUUCAUAAAAAAUGGGUCAGUUUGACCUGAAAUGGUACAUCAGAAAACAGGGAUGGAGGCUUGUCCUUCAAAAUAAGACCAAAUCAUCAUUUUCUUCCUGUUUGUGUUUUUUUGCAGGCAUACAUCCACAACCCUCUGAAAAUGGCUUUGUGACCCAGUUUAGGUCUUGACCCACCAGAUCAGAACCACUGGUAUAAAGUACUUGGUAAUAGUUAUGAUAUUUUAUGAUGUUGUUCCUUUAAGGAGAGCUCACUUAGGGCAUAGGCAAGGAAGCAAGGCCAGUGGUUCAGCUGGUGGGUUACAAAUGUGUGCCAGGGGAAAAAAAAAAAAACAACAAAAAAAAAAAAAAUUGAUGCACGGAAGCCCAAAGUAGACACAUGGUAUACCUAUGCAUACAUUUUUGUAGGUUUUCCAUAAAUGGCAAGUAACUUUCUGUCUUUUUCUCAAGGUUUCAACAUAUUAAUUUCCUUUUUCCCAAAUUACAAAAAUGUUUUUCCUGCGAUAAUGAGGAAGUUCCUCUGAAAAAUGACAAAAAUUCCGUGCCAUCUAGAAAAAGAUUGAGUGAAAUUGGUCACUGUGUUUGAUGGCCAAUGGAUGUUUAGGAUUCAAAUGAGAAAUCAUACGUUAAGAAAAGAGCUGUUUCUCAGUCACCGUUUAAAAAUAGGAAAACAUGACAUGGAAAUAACAUACCUUCAACCCUUUUGGGAUCAAAAAAUGGAAAAUAAAAACUAUUGUUUUGUGUUUUCCAUUUCCUAUUUUUUGUUUUCUUGUUUCUCUUUUUUUUCAUUUUCCAGAAAAUAUGGCAAUACAUGAGUAAUGGUUUGUUUUUCAUCUAACUGUCAAAUAACGGAACACUGGUGAUGUAACAUUCUUUUCUUCAGAACACCUGCAGCAGGUGGCACGUACAGGAAAUAAAAAGUUACACCACCACGGUUCCGUUCUUUGAUCUUUUUUUUUUUUUUUUUAAGCAAAAGAGGAGCAAAGAGUGUCUCAUUUAUUUCAGUUCUUUUUGGAAAAUGAUGAAAGAGAAACAGAAAAAAAAGAUGUAAUAGAAAAUGAAAAAUGGUUUGAUUUGUAGUUUUCUCUGUUUUGAUCCCCAGUUUAAUAUGAACUGCCUUAAAGGGCAAAAGGCAGGUAUUUUCCCUUUUUUGCACUCCUAUUUUUUGAAUGGCUACUGGGAAACGGCUUGUUUCUUGAUUUUGGAUUUUUCAUUUCAAAUUAAAAAUCUGUUGGCUGUGAAAUACACUAACCAUGUUUGCAUGGAUGCCCAAUGUGUUGAGAAUCACAGGCACAGCAGUCUUGAGUAAUUUUUGCAUCACUAGAACGGGAUAAAAUCAAUGUCAGAAACAUUCUGAAGUUCUUCAUAUUCACUAUUUUACAUUGAAGCAAAUAGGCUAUGUGUUCUUGUCAGCACGCUCUCCUUACAGGGGCACACAAACUGACGCCUCUUGUGGCGAAAACUACUAUUACAAAGUACUUUACAAACCCAACUUCAAAGUACAGAAAUUUCCCUUCAAUUUGUAGUCUAAAGACUUUUCUCCAGCAGAAAGCAUCAAAGAAUUGUCUCAAAAUGUAUCAAAUCUGAAUAUUAUCCCCAAAUAAACUACAAAUGUGAAGGUUCACAAUCAUAACAGUGAUUGAUGUGAUCUGUGUUUGAUUUAAAACAGUCUUAGUUGAGUUUAGUUAUCAAUGCUCAGAUUUCUGAGCACUAAUGAUCCAGUUGUGCAUGUUAGGAGAGGACGCUUUCAUUAGAUUAAAGUCUAUGCAGCUACAAAAGGCUAGAAACAAAACGAAAUGAAGAAUAAAAGAAAUCAGACAGGUGUGAACUUUUGAUUUCUGCAUCAGAGUUAUUGGAAAUCCUUGGUGGAUAAUGAUCUUGUCUGUUUGAUGGCGUGAAGUGCUGCAGACUUUAUAUUAAUUUAAAAAAAGUUUUGAUGUUCAAAAUUGUAUAAAACCCAGUUUCCAGCAGACAGAAGUGAGCAGAGAAAGAGUGGACAAAUGGACGUGAGUUUGCUUAUCUUGAGUUGUCUCCGCACUGAUGAUCUGCUCGGUGUGUAAAUAAAAUAUAUAAUCUGUACAGAAUUAAUAGAAAUAACGAUUUUAAAGACCUGCCUGAGCAGCUGCGGGUUGUUGACGGUUGGUUUCUCUGUCACAAAAGUCUAAAUAUAAAAUCAUGACUUUUACUAAAGAAAGGAAGACGCCUUGGCUGGCUUUUUGAUAUGUUUGUGUACGUGUGAAUGCGAGGUGCGACUGUGUGUGGAUGUGUGAACGUGGAUGUGGGGUCGGUCCUGGUGAAUUUCUUCUGAGGAACAGAGGGAUCAGCCAACGCACACAUAUACACACAGUCUCUACCCAUGAGAUUAAAUUCAGUCUUCAUUUAUCACUUUCCGUUCCUUUUUUAACAAUGUCACCCUGUUUGUUUGGUGUGCGUCGCCCUCUGUUCCGUCUUUACGUUCUCUGGCUCUGAUUGGCCCGCUGUCUCAACUGUGAUCUUCAUUUCUGUUCCUUUCUUUUCUUUGAUUUGUGUUUUUUUCAUUGCCUCUUGGGACUGCUAAUAAAAUGAUUGUUGAAAGUGAAA